GCGGAGAAAACUGCCGAAGCCGGGAGGGGGCUUAGAAGCGCCGCACACCAUAUUGGGGGUGUCUGGCUUCCACAGCCGCUGAGCCCCGCCCCCGCCGCUCUCUGGGGCUGGGGGGGGGACGCCCGGGCUUACGGCGGCCUACACAAGCUCCUAGCGCUGGACGGGGGCCGUGCGCGACCACCGACCCGCGGCCACCAGCCCAGCGCAGCGCCAGGUCUCCACGCGGCCCGCGACCACAUCCGGUGUGUACCAUCUGCGGCGCCACCCCCAGGGCUCCCCCGCGGCCCGGAGUGGUGCGGCCCGGCCCGGCCCCUGACGCCUGCGAGGGGCGGGUCGCUGCCCGUCACGUGACGGGGAGUGACCUCGCUGCCCGGCGCCAUGGGGGCCUCGGACCCGGAAGUGGCGCCCUGGGCUCGCGGCGGUGCCGCGGGGAUGGCGGGAGCCGGAGCAGGAGCGGGAGCUCGCGGCGGAGCGGCGGCGGGGGUCGAGGCCCGGGCUCGCGACCCGCCUCCCGCUCACCGUGCACACCCGCGCCACCCUCGGCCUGCGGCGCAGCCCUCGGCCCGCAGGAUGGACGGCGCGUCGGGGGGCUUUGGCUCCGCGGACAACGCCCCGACCACCGAGGCUCUUUUCGUGGCGCUGGGCGCGGGCGUGACAGCGCUCAGCCAUCCGCUGCUCUACGUGAAGCUACUCAUCCAGGUGGGUCAUGAGCCGAUGCCCCCCACCAUUGGGACCAAUGUCCUGGGCAGGAAGGUCCUCUAUCUGCCGAGCUUCUUCACCUACGCCAAGUACAUCGUGCAAGUGGACGGGAAGAUAGGGCUGUUCCGAGGCCUGAGCCCCCGACUCAUGUCCAACGCUCUCUCCACCGUGACCCGGGGCAGCAUGAAGAAGGUUUUCCCUCCAGAUGAAAUGGAGCAGGUUUGCAACAAGGAUGAUAUGAAGACUUCUCUGAAGAAAGUGGUGAAAGAGACCUCCUACGAGAUGAUGAUGCAGUGCGUGUCCCGCAUGCUGGCCCACCCCCUGCAUGUCAUCUCAAUGCGCUGCAUGGUCCAGUUUGUGGGACGGGAGGCCAAGUACAGCGGUGUGCUGAGCUCCAUUGGGAAGAUUUUCAAAGAGGAGGGGCUGCUGGGAUUCUUCGUCGGCUUAAUCCCUCACCUCCUGGGAGAUGUGGUUUUCUUGUGGGGCUGUAACCUGCUGGCCCACUUCAUCAAUGCCUACCUGGUGGAUGACAGCUUCAGCCAGGCCCUGGCCAUCCGGAGCUACACCAAAUUCGUGAUGGGGAUUGCAGUGAGCAUGCUGACCUACCCCUUUCUGCUGGUCGGUGAUCUCAUGGCUGUGAACAACUGCGGGCUGCAGGCCGGGCUCCCCCCUUACUCCCCAGUGUUCAAAUCCUGGAUCCACUGCUGGAAGUACCUGAGUGUGCAGGGCCAGCUCUUCCGCGGCUCCAGCCUGCUUUUCCGCCGGGUGUCAUCAGGCUCGUGCUUCGCCCUGGAGUAACCGGAAACCUGAAAACACGCUGUCUCAGCCUGGCCGCUGCGGGUGAGGCCUGGUCAUGUUGGGCACUUGUAAGACGGCGCCAACCCAGCAACACCUAGACGUGCCCCAGCACAGCUGGGCUCCGGUGUCCCAUGUUUGCCAUGUGUGUCCAGAGUGGGGGUUGGGUGGGGGUGAGGCUCACCUGGGGAGGUGGGCGGGCCUGGGCACGGUCCCCUCACUUCGCAUGUUUGCUGAGUCUGCCCUGUGCGGGGGCCAGAGAAUGGCUUGUGGAGGCCCAGGUUGGAUGGGAAAAGGCUCAUGGUGUCAGAUCCCACCCCCACUCACACCCAAGUCAGCCCCCGCUCUCAUCCUGCAGCUCAUGGGAGCCUCGCUCUCCUGCUUGUAAAUAGGGCGUGAUCCCCUUUCACGAGGCCGCCGUCACGUCUUGUCCCCGUCUGUGCUGGGAAACUGUUGUUAGGUUCUGCCUUUGUUUUUCUCAACACUACUUUUCUGAUACGAAGGCAGCACCUUCUGAAAGGGAAAUCAUGUGACUGCUCAGAAUGUCCCCCUCCUCACGUGCUCAUUGGUUUAAUGGCGACGCCGCAGUGUGCAGGACCUGGUUCCCUGUGCAGCUGUGAACACCCAGGGGUUAGGCAGAUCAGUGUCUCUAGUCCUACCCAGUUUAAAAAUGCCCGAGAAGAUUUGACCCUGUCUCCCUCAAAUAAAUGUAUUGGUGGUGAUUUGGA